AUGGGGUUCAACUCCUGGCCUCCGGUCCAAAGGGUGCGUGUCCCUGCCCCCGGUCGCCCCGGUCACCCUCCUCCUUUCACGGCCCGGCCCUUCGUCGCCCUCUCGACCUCGGGUAUUCAGCGGAGCGGGGAAAACCCCACCGUGGAAAGCGCCCCCCCAAAGCUGACCCUGGGGAAGCCUCUUGGCGAGGGCUGCUUCGGCCAGGUGGUGAUGGCCGAGGCGCUGGGCAUCGACAAGGACAAGGCCAAGGAGGCGGUCACCGUGGCGGUCAAGAUGCUCAAAGGACGGCUCUGUUUGGUGUGCGGUCGUCGCGGCAACGUCUGCUACCAUAACGCAUUUCUGAAUGACGCCACAGAGAAGGAUCUGUCCGACCUGGUGUCUGAGAUGGAGAUGAUGAAGAUGAUCGGCAAACACAAGAACAUCAUCAAUCUCCUGGGCGCUUGCACGCAAGAGGGGGCGCUGUACGUGAUCGUGGAGUACGCGUCCAAGGGGAACCUGCGGGAGUACCUGCGUGCGCGACGGCCCCCCGGCAUGGAGUACUCGUACGACAUCACCCGGGUCUCUGACGAGCAGCUUACCUUCAAGGACCUGGUCUCCUGCACCUACCAGGUGGCCCGCGGAAUGGAGUACCUGGCCUCGCAGAAGUGCAUACACAGAGACCUGGCCGCCAGGAACGUCCUGGUCACCGAGAGCAACUUCAUGAAGAUCGCUGACUUCGGCCUGGCCAGAGACGUCCACAACAUCGACUACUACAAGAAGACGACCAAUGGUCGUCUCCCGGUGAAAUGGAUGGCUCCUGAAGCUCUCUUCGACCGGGUCUACACACACCAGAGUGACGUCUGGUCGUUCGGGGUGCUGAUGUGGGAGAUCUUCACCCUGGGGGGCUCCCCGUACCCGGGCAUCCCAGUGGAGGAGCUGUUCAAGCUGCUGAAGGAGGGCCAUCGCAUGGACAAGCCGGGGAACUGCACCAACGAGCUAUACAUGAUGAUGAAGGACUGCUGGCACGCCAUCUCCUCCCACAGGCCGACCUUCAAGCAGCUGGUGGAGGACUUGGAUCGCAUCCUCACCCUCAACACCAAUGAGGAGUACCUGGACCUGUGCGCCCCAGCAGAGCAGUAUUCCCCCAGCUUCCCGGACACGCGCAGCUCCUGCUCCUCCGGGGACGACUCCGUGUUCUCCCACGACCCCCUCCCCGAGGAGCCCUGCAUCCCCAAGUACAAGCACACCAACGGGGGGGUCACCACAUGACUCCUGCAUCCCCUCGCCCCCUCGCCCUCGCCUGCCUCCAACCUCCACCCCAGCCAUUCAGCCAGUCGGCCAGCCAGGAAGACGGCCAGCCAGCCGGCCAGUCGGCCCGGUCGACCGGCCAGAAAGCCAGCCAGCAAACCAGUCAGCCAGUCGGCCAGCAAACCAUCCAGCCGGUCGGCCAGCAAACCAGUCAGCCAGUCAACCGGCGUGAAAGCCAGCCAGUCGGCCAGCAAGCCAGUCACCCAUCGCUCUAAGCCCGCCCUGGUCCCCCCCCUAGGUUGAACACACCCCACCGCCCACCUCACCAGUAACACAGAGACCCUGUGUGCAAACGGAUCCCUCACUUCCUGCCACGCAUUUCACCCAUGAACCCCUCUGGCUCACCCCAUGGACUAAAGGACCUGGACCCAGGCUCGCCCGGGGUUGGUUGCAGUGGUGCUGCUCCCCCACCUCCCCCUCUCCCUCCCCCCUCUCCCCUACCCACUGCACACAAGGGAAUGUUGACGUGUGCGCACAAAGACACACACCGUAUACACGCACACGCGUGUCCGAGGAGCAGACGAGAGGAGCUUUGGGCGUGUAUCCCUAUCGGAGUUGGACUGAAUACGUUCUCACAGGGGACCUCUCCUCACUCACCUCUGUUGACCCAUUAAGCCCCGCCCCCUCACCCCCUCACUCACUCACUCACUCACUCACACAGGUUCACUUUGCUUCUUGUGUUUGAAUCCGGAGGGCUGAGAUUCCUCUGGCACUUAUUGCGUCAUUCCGGCUGCUGGCAUUCCAAGACUUUGAGAGUAGCUUUUUGUUAGUUUUUUCUCCCCACCCACCCCCACCUCCUGGAGCAAUGCAUGCUGGACCAUAGCGAAGUGGACCGUGGAAAGUUUAACCAUGGGACCGUGCAGACCUGGGGUGAAGGGAAAGACAAUAAGUAGGAAGCUUUUAGUGCACCGCAGGAGAGUAGACUAACAGAUACGGAGGACCUGAAAGAGGACAGCUAGCGUACAGACACUGCCACCUGGGUAUUUUUGUAAUAUUGUUUCAUUUAUUUGUAUCCCUCUCAAUAAGCCUGCAGAAGACGCAGGCUUCAAUACACAGUAUAAUGUAUAGUGCUGGGUAUAUUUGUAAAUAUAUUCAAAAAUGUAUAAAUAUAUAUAUUAUAUAUUUACAGUGAAUUAUUUUUUGUAUGAACUCCACAAUAACUUCCUCGCACGGCUCCCUUUCCCUACUCCACACACACACACACACACACACUGACACACACACACACACACACACUGACACACACAUACAGGGACACACCUGUAAACACAGAACCACAGACUCACAGACAGACACACAUACAAGGAACCACAAAAAGACAAACGCAUACACGGACACACACACAUGCACAGACCCACAUACACACACACACUUCAUUAUUUGCAACCAUAUCCUUAUAACCCCAAGCUCUUGUUUCUCUAUCACUCAGUAACACGGUGGAGUUAUUGGCUUUCAGGGACCAAGGUAGCAUGUUAAUUUAUUGACUUACAUUUCUUUGUUUUGGGAAUAAGAAUCAACAACUGAAAAAGAAAUGUAUGGAAGAAAUUAUGCUAUUAAUGAUGCUGGUAAUACAUGAAUAAUCCAUUAAAAUGUAUGGUAAAUUAAGAUGAUCUCUUGGCAGUAAUAGAACAAAAAAGCAAAUUUUAGUGGGUUGGAAAGAUCCAGGUUUUGUAAGUUUUUAUAUAUGAAUGUGAAUAUUAAGUUAAAUUUUAAAUAAUGUAAAUUUUAUAGUCAGCUAAUCCUUUGUAUGUAGAUGUUCCAUUUCCAUGUCAUUUUACUCUUUUCUUAGGUUUUACAAUAGGAAAUGAGAUGAUUCAAAGAGAGAGAAAGAGAUUUUGGAAAUAGCAAUCUGCGCAGUUAUUUAGAACAAAAUAUAGAUUCUAAAUUUAUUUUACAGAAUUGAAAGUUGAAAAACAAAGUAUUAAAUCGUUCAAAUGUUUUUCACUUAUUUGUUUUCUACUGGACCAACUUUAAGGUGUUCAAUGCAGGUGUUUGUGCCACAUUUGCGAAAUAAAAGAUGCAAAAAUUAAAGAAUCCAUUUUUUUCUCAUCCACUAAUUGUUACUCAUCUUUUUUAAUGGACUGAAUAUUGACGAUAAAAGUCUUGCAGCUGCUGUGAAAUCAUUUGGAAUUCAAACGACUUGUGCUGGAGAAGCCGUUAGAGGCUUUAAUCCAAAGCGACGUCGGAGUGAGGCUGCUAACAAACGCUACCAACAGCGGAGCGACUGCAAAUGUAGAGACUGCACAACAAGUCUGGAAACAACAAGCAGAUACUGUGGGAAUGGAGACACAAGGGUUUGAACUCUUUUUAAAGGGCAUUAUUCAAGUAAGGGGUUUCUCACCGUUCAUUGAAAGGACUCGAACUCUUUUCCUGAGAAAGGUCCUCGAUCUUAAAUCAGUAUUCUCCAGGCUGCCAGCCAGCCGCUGAUCGGCCCCUACGAUAACUUGAUUGAUUACCCCGCUUGGUUUUUAUCUGGACUAAAUUUAAUUUAGCCAAUUGAAGUACUUGAUUUAUCUAAUUCCAUCUGAGCUAAUCAAGGGGUGAUUUAUUAGCCCAGACAAUAACUUAUGGCAGCCUGGACUCUCGUCAUAUUUAUCAAAUUAGAUUGUUAU